AUUAAUUUUGUUCAAUGGUAAGAAGGACUGCCAUUGUGAUUGAAUUUUAAGGAUGACUUGCAACUAAGAGAACUUCACAAAUGCUUUUAAAUCUAGAUUACAAGCACUUGACACUCGACUUCUUUAAAUUGCUCUUUAAUUGUUUAAACUAAUUAAUUUAUAUGAAAUUUGAAUCAGGAUUGUAACCCUGUUCUAACUGUUUAACAUUUGAUGUAGUUUAUUGUUGUUUUGAUUCUUGCCCAGGGCUCCCUUGAAAAAUAGGUUUUAAAUCUCAAUGGGACCUAUCGUGGUUAAAUAAAGGUUACAUUAAGAAAUAAAGUUAUUUUGUUCUGUAAGUGUUGACUGGGCCUCCACGAUGGUGCACUGCUUCCCUGGUGCCUCCGAAUUGCCCCUCAGUGUGCAUGUGAGUGAGUGUGAGUGACUCUGCUGCAGAAUGGGGACUUGUUUUAAGGUUAUAUACUCAGUUUGUUCACAUUUGGCUCUAAAAUGAGUCUUUUCCACUUAUUACAAUAGCUUUUUAUUUGUCACUUUAAUCAAAAUGAACAACAAGUAGGUAUAUAAAACUAAAAAAAUAUCAAUUAUUUGCUUAGAACUAGCACAAAAAUGUUUGAACUGUAUCAUAUUGAGGUUUAAGUCAUUUUAUCUAGCAGCUUUUAAAGCUUAUUUUUCCCUUUUUGAAUGCUUGUGUUCUAAAUUUGGGGAUCUUAUACAAUUUAUUGUUAAGCAAAAUUUACUUUAAGGAUGGAAAAUUCACUUUUCCUCUUAAAAUUAGAUUUCUAAUGUUUAGGCUGCCUUAAAUAUUGCCUGUAGGACUCAGCAGACUCUGUUAUUAGAUAGAAUUUUAAAGUUCAAUAAUGUUCUGUCAGCAAAAUAACAAAGUAGAGCAUCUUUCUGCUGAAAGAAUUCACUGCAGCUUAUACUUGUGACGAUGUAUCAAAAAAUGCAAUAACCUUAUUAGAUAAGAGCAGAGUUUAAAUAAAGAAUCAAAUAAUUGCAUACAUGGAUUAAAGAUGUUUCUUUGAAAGAAAACAAAUGAGGAAGCGUUGCACUUCAGUAAAAGCCUUUGGCGCUUCCAUCACAGGAAUCAACAGUAAUUUCUGUGAGCGCAGGAAAUUCCUGUUUUUGCAGGAACGUACCGAGGAGCAGGUCUGACUAGUGUUUCCGACAAUGCCUGACUGACUUGGAAUCAGUUCAAGCAAACCUUUUACAUGUCUCACCUUUUAAUGUCUGAUUUAUUUUUGGAAGACAUCCCAUCGAUUAUAAAGCUUGAGAAAUCUGAAACGAUGACAAAGCAGAAUUUAGCGAUAAACCAAAUCACUCUUAUUAAUGAAAAUCACUUUACUCCUCAUUUACAAAAUAAAAUGAUAACACUAAUGAAUGACUCAACCAAUUGUUGUGUCUGAAACUUUUUCUUCUGCGAAAAAAAACCCACAAACUACACAUCCAAAUGUUUAUCAUUCUUAUUCCCUUUCUUUUAAUGGUGAUGCAACUAGUUCCUUUUUCCUGCAUCACGCUUUUCCUGCACUGUCAAUCUUGCUGAUGCAUCUAUUUUUAUGUGAGUGCACGUAGUAAAACACCUGGUGAAAUCCCCUCCACCUACCAUAUAAAAAGGCAGCACAGGUGCACCCAGACACAUCUGCUCCUCGCCUCAGUCACAGCUCAUCCCAGCACACAGGUGAGUCUGGGGCUUUGUUGGGUCAUGAUGGCUCUCCACUCUGGAACUCUGUUUGGGUCAUGAUCAUAAUUUGAUGGGCUAAGAAAGAUGACGGUUCAAUUUGGCAAAAUGUGUUUAAACAAGGUAACCAUGGUGAUGAAGAUGCUGCUCGGCUGCUUGGUCUCCCUGCUCCUCAUCCUGGGUAAAGCAGCGGAGAGUCGGACUCUGCAUGCAGACAGCUGCUCCUUCAACGUGCACACUCACGAGCUGCGCAAAUAUUACUCCGACGUGCGCUCACAUGCGAUAUCAGGAGACACUGAGAUCGGAGUCAAAAUUCUGGAUAAAUCUCUGAUAAAAAAUGUUCAGGAGGGUCAGACGUGCUGCUUCCUGCGACUCCUGCUGCGCUUCUACGUGGAGCGAGUGUUCAGUCACUUCAGCCCCUCUGAGCCGCACCAGCUUCGCUGCUCCAGCGCUCUGGCCAACGCCUUCGUCAGCAUCAGAAGAGACAUGCACAAAUGUCACUGUCACUGUGGAGAAGAAACUCAACGACAAAUCGACUCCAUGCACACAGAGUUUGACAAGCUGCAGAUCCAGGAGGCGGCCCAGAAGGCCGUGGGAGAACUGAACACGGUUCUGGAUUGGCUGGAGGGACUGGGACACAAAACCCAGAAUUAGUCGCCUGAUCAACCACUUGAGAUGUUUCUGAUUUCACUUUAAUCAAUUUAAGCUCUUGUACAUUUUUACACACUUACUAGUGAAGUAUUUUAUGAUUUUUAUAAAAUUCAUCAGAUUGUAGAAGCAGCUUCAUUUAUCAAGAAAUGGAAAAAGUUUGACGUUCUAAUGCAGGAUGCUUAAACAAGUAUUUGCUUUUAUUUUGAAAUGGCAGCAUAAAAACAUGAAGGUUUCUGUCUGUUAGUCGUCUCCAUCUUGUGGUGAUGGAUGAAAAUGCACACUCAUCAUUUCACACGUGGACUGUUUCAGCUUCAGUGCACAUUUGUGUGAGAGCAGGUUUUCUAAAACUGCGUUUCAGCAGUGAUUUGACACUUUACUUCAGCUUACACACAACUUUGUAUCAGUAGAGCUGCUUGCAGACACUGACACACACUUUACAUUUAUUAAUACAAAAAAUCUGAUCACAAUUAAAGAGUAAAACAUAUGAAGAGAUGAUGGUUCCCUGAGAAGAUUCAUCUUCAUUUCUGAGCUAUUUUUUACCCAACAGUCAAUAAUUCAAUCAUAAGUAACUAAAAAAACAUAAAUGGUGGCAGAUUUUUUUGUCCAUAAAUGAGAAGUUUUCUGGAAAACAACACAACUGUUCUCUUUGUUGAACUUGUUUAAAGAUAAUUCUGAAAAGGGAAAAAAAGUGUACUAAUGUAAGUAAGUUAAGUUCAGGUUUUACUGUAAGAAAGAUUCUUGUAAGAUAUUUGUCACCAAAUACAAUGUAAUAAUUAAACUGGAAGAAAAUAAAGUCAAAACAUUGUGCAAAGAAGUGUUUCUUUUUGUCUAUUACUUCUGCAAAAAAAAAAAAAAAAAAAAAAA